UGAUAAUUGUUUUGAAAUACAUAUUUAUGUACAUAUGAUUAUUAUCUAACAAUGUCAGAAAUAUCUGUUGACGACAGUAUUUGGGGAGGCGCUGAUCCUGACGGAUAUACAAUGUUUGAGGAUACAUCACGUAAAAAGUCUGAUAAUGAUAGAAGUCAGAGUUCAUUUAAAUACUCAAAUGGUUUUAGCCAUAUUUUACCGCCAACCGAUCGAUAUAACAUGAUUUAUAUGGCGUUAUUUUUGGCAGGUGUUGGAUUUUUGCUUCCAUAUAACAGUUUUAUUAUGGCUGUUGAUUAUUUUAAAGUUCGUUAUCCAAAUUCUAGAAUUGUUUUUGAUAUGUCUACAGUUUAUAUUUUUACAGCAUUUUUUGCUGUUUUAAUAAACAAUGUUCUUGUUGAAGCAUUAACAUUAAAUACAAGAAUUAAAGCUGGAUAUAUUAUUUCGGUGACAACAUUAUUAUUUGUGGCAAUAUGUGAAGUUUGGUGGGAAACAUUUGGAUUAUCUUUAUCUGUUUCGUAUUGUAUAAAUCUAAUAGCGGUUGCGAUUGUUGCAUUUGGAUGCACAGUUCAACAAUCAAGUUUUUAUGGCUAUACAAGUAUGUUACCAAGUAGAUAUACUCAAGCAGUUAUGGCAGGAGAAAGUGCCGCUGGUUUUUGGGUUUCAAUUAAUCGUAUUACAACUAAAUGGAUGUUACCGGGUGAAACAUCAAAUACAGUUUUAUUUUUCUUUGCAUCAAGUAUUUUGGUUGGAAUUUGUUUUAUAAUAAAUAUGAUUAUUCGAGAAACAGAUUUUGUUAAAUAUUAUAUUCGAUUAUGCCAAGAAUCUAGAACGAAAAUUACAUUAGAACCUACUGAAGAUUCUGGACUAAUGGAUCAACUCGAAACUGGAGAUGAAGUAAAAACUCAAUAUGGAUUCUUAAAAUUACAAACAAGUCCGCCACCUACGGAUACAGGCGCGGGAAGUAAUGACGUGCAAACUAAAUACAGUGCAUUUAGUUUUGCAAAUCCGGUUUAUGAGCCAACAACUACAAAACGAAAUAGUGAGGCUGGUAAAUUUGUUAACGAUGUAGAUGGACGAGUUCGACCAGAUGAACUUUCUGGAGAUGAUGAUGGUCUAGGUGGUACCAAAUAUAGAGUUGAAGACAUUGUGAUCCGUAUGCGACCAAGUGUUUCAGGUCCAGUUUAUCCUGGCGGUGGAAGUCGAUUAUGGAACAGCAUUAAAAGAGGCUGGUGGGCACGUUUGGAAGUGUCUCGAUUAAUAUGGGAAGAUAUGUUAGCUAUUGGACUUGCAUAUUUCGUUACAUUAUGCUUGUAUCCUGGAAUUAUUUCAGAAAUAAACAGUUGUCGAUAUGGUUCAUGGUUACCUGUAAUUUUAAUGGCUCUAUUUAACAGCUUUGAUCUUUUGGGAAAGAUUUGCAGUGGAAGACCAAUUCGUUGGGGUCGAAUGUUACUACCAUUUAAUGGUUUAAGAAUAAUAGCCGUAAUUUUAUCAUUAUUGGUUAUGGUAAAUGCAGGACCUGGUGGUGAAUUAGAAUAUUGCGCUAUGGUAUUAUCAAUAUUUUUGGGAAUUACCAACGGAGUUUUUGGUAGUGUACCUAUGAUAAUUGCACCAGGAAAAGUACCCGAACAACAUCGAGAAAUAAGUGGGAACAUAAUGACAUUAUCAUAUAAUAUGGGCUUAACAGCUGGUUCAAUAGCUGCAUACUUCUUAAAUGGAAUUAUAAAAUUCGGCGAUGCAAAUUUAUGUCCAAAAAAUAAUAGUAAUUAUUUACCAUUACCAACAACAAUGUCAACAAUAUCACAAAAUCUAGCAACAACAAUUGCAACAACACAAUUGUACAAUAAUACAACUGUAACAAAUAUAAUUAGUAAUGUAACAAACAACAUAUCAUCACCAACUGUUUUAUCGACAUUAUCAACAUUAGCGGUUGCUGUAACAACUACAUUGAUUAAUACGACAUCUACAGCACGAAGUCAAACAACAUUGUUUACACCAACAAUGCCCCUAGCUGUUUUAAAUAUUAGUUCUUCGUUUAUUAGUGAUACAUCAACAAAUUUUAUUAAUGAUGAUUAAACUUACUUUUAUUUUACCUGAUUUUUUUGUUUCAAUUAUGUUACUUCAAUGAAGGGUCAAAGAAAGUCAAGUACCUCCAAUUUCGCGUUCAAAAUGGAUUAUGCUACAAAGCUUCCUUUCAGACCUAUCAGGCUUAUUGAAUCCUGAUGAAAGGGUGAUUUUUUGGAUGAAUUAAAAUUAAUUAAUUUUCCCAUCAGCGAAAAUUUCACUGAUUUGUAAAGAUUCAAAUGGAAAUUUGUAAAUAAUAAAAAAAACAUGUCGAGAGAUGAUUGAAUUCAGAAAAAGUUGACCGACUAAAUGAAUUUUUUACAUUGUGCCAUUACAAAACAUCUUAAAAUUAUAGUAUCUAGCCUAAACUUUACCUAUAUUACAUCGUCUUAUACACAAAAUACAUCGAAAUAUUAUAAAAAUUUUUGUACAUUGUUAAUAUGAAUAGAAAAAUCUUACUAAAAAAAAACCAUUGAAAUCAUAGCUUAAAUCUAAUUGGGUGGGUAAGCCACCCCUAAAAACUAAACCUUAAGUAAAUCUAUAAAUAUAAAAUGUUUUGUCCUGAAUGACAGAUUGAUUGACUUACUGACUGACGGAUCAACGCACACCCUAAGCCGCUGAUCGUACAGACCUAAAACUUGAAGGGUGUAUUCUUUGUAUGACGUAAGCAUCUGAUAAGAAAGCUAGUAAUUAUUUUUCGAAUGCUACCCUCAAGCGAAUGAAAUAGGAGAUGAAACUUAGUAUGAAAAUUAUUGAGUGCAAUACUUAGCAGAUUUUAAAAAUUCUUUCACGUAUAGAAUGCUAUAUUCCGUUCCGCAACAAAAAUUAAAAAAAAAAAAAAAACCAUUAAAUGGCGAACAAAAGGGAAACUGAGUAAAAGUAAAUGAAAGUAAAGGAAGAGAAGGCUAUAAUGCGGUAGUCUUUGUUUUUAAAGUUGAAAUUGAAUUGUUUAACUUGAAGGCUGUAGUGUUUACUCUUAAAGAUAUAGCCGAAUUAAACUGGACAGUUUUAAAAUCAUU